AACAGAUGAUGUCUCAGAUGUGGUUUAGAUACCUUCAGCUACAGAACAAAGUCUGCUCGCUAUCCAGAAUUAUUCUGCCAAAGUUUCAAACGCAAUAGACCUCAAGGUUAGCUGAAGAGUAACACUUCAUCCUACUCAAGAACUCGCGUAAUCAACCACAAAAGGCGGAAGUCGACCCUUUAAGGUUGGUUUGUUAUUUUGUUUUUCUUAGUUUACGUUUGGCCUAAAAGGAAAAUAAUCGCGGAAACUUCAAAAGAACCUGGGGUUUGAGUGUCUUUCCUCAACAGUGCAAAAAGAGAAAAAAAGUAUUCUUUCUUUUUAACGGGGGUGUAAAUGAAUUGAUUGCAAUUUGAUAUGAUCACGAGUAUUUGAGUUGUACAGACAAGCAAAGAGGUUGAAGUGUUUGGUUAUUCUAUUGUAUAUUCUUACUGACAGGAUUAAAAGUUGUUACGUUAGUUUCCAACUUACAACAAAGAGUCGAAGGAACAAAAAGACAAUACCCGGUUGUCUGUGAUCAUCAGCAGUGCUGUUUCACCAGACAGGUCCGGCAGGAAGCUUUAUGCAUGCAUACGCCAAUGAUUAACAGUGCUAUACUCGAGAAAAGUUAACUUUCGUGUAAAACAGUUGAUGCGAUCUAAACUCUGAUUUCGUAAAUUUAUCCCAGAAAGGGUAUAAUGCACAGCAUAUAGUGAGGGCAAAGAAAGAUACGUGUAUCUGAUCGAUUAUCGUCAUUCUGUUUUUGAUAGCCGAGGGCAUUACGAUAGGUACCUAAUUUUUCCAUUAAUUUAAACUUUGAAUACCCUCGUGAAAAUUUUAAAACACUUUGAAUUAAACUGAAUUUAACCUGGAAAAAAAUUAGAGUUAUUUUAUGACUUCUAGUUCUAAAAAAUACCUUAGCCAUGCUGUAAACACGUGUAGCAGUUUUCAGGUCAUCAUUCCUCCUCACUGUGGUUCCAACAGAGUAUUGCAUUGUUGAUUCCUACAGAGUAAUAUGAAGCUUAAUAAUAAAUAGAUAUAGGAGUGGGUUUUAACUUGCUACACACUUGAUAUUAGUAAUAACAAAAAAGUUCAACUGAUCAAGCCUUUUACUUCACAACGAAACUCAUUUUCCCUUAUCUACUGAUGUUGUUUGUGAAGGGUUGUCGGUUAUGUUGCGUGCGAUAUCCGUUCAGGGAACACGUAUUUCCUCCGUCGUGUUGGUCAGCAUCCUAAGAUAGGUUUGCUUCAUAAUCAUGACAAUUAACAACGGUACAGUAAAGUAACUGUAUAAAAGCGAUAAAUGUAAUGAUGGUCUGCGGCUGUGAAUGCCGUAAUACUCAUGUGUAGUUCUGAUGGUUAGUAUUAAAAGUCCAAUGGGUUUAGUCAGGAACAUCAAUAAAGUGUUAAGCAAUCACUUAAGAACUAUUCGUCUGUAUUGAAACAAGAGCCUUGUUUUUGUUUUUUUUUUCCUUUCAAGAAAAGAAACCGCACAGUCAGUUUAGUUGUUAAUCUCAGUCUUCAUAUAUCAAUAAUUUUCGCUACACAUCAUGCGCAUCUCUACAUGAUUAAGAUAUCGAUUGAGGUUUUUUUGCUACUUUGUCUUUAAAAGUCAAAGGUUGCUUUUAAAGAUACAAAAACCCUGAGGACUUAAGUUCUACUCUCAGUAAACUAAAGCUCAUUGAUCUUUCGUCGAUAUACGGAAGGAAAUGCUUAGAGAUGAAUGAGUAUCAAAGUUCGUUUUCUUGGGUUUUUAUUUAAGUACGUUGAAUUCAUUCAUUUCGCACUUGCACGUGGCACAUUUCACUGAAGAAAUCGACUUUGGGCAGCUCUUGAUGAAGCCAUAAACCUAAAUUCAAAGAUUUGGCCUAAAAUGAGAGAAUGUAAAACUUUUGCUACAAUGACUUGAUUCCCAGCCCCUUUAGUCAAAACAUUCUACGAACAAUUCGAAUAUUACCCGUCCUGCAAGCUUCGAUAUAUUGUUUCAGCUCUCGAAAAGUUAACAAGCAUAUAACCGAAGGAGAACACCCAUUUUGAAAAUAUUCUUACUUUGAAUGUAUUCAACUCGUAGAAAAGAACUUUGAUUGAUAAAGAUCCAAAGAAAGUACACUGCAUUUACGUCAUGCAGAAAAAAUUAGAAAUUUGAUAGGGUCAAGAUGAAGGUAUCGCCAGGCGAACCGUUUUACGAUUCUCCCUGCAGCCAGCAUGACAAAUCUGCGUAUUUCAGUCUCCAGAGAAGUGUUGUGAAUUCUUUUUGCGACUAAAAUGAAAUUGUGCAUUGGACAUCAUCAUGUGCGUAACUGUAUUGAACAUGUCUUUUCAUUCGCACGCAGACUUCUUUCAGCGAUUAGGAAAAAAAAUAACCAUUUCUCUUAAUUCAUCCUAGCCAAACAAAUUAAAUGACAUGACUGAUUAAAUGAUUAAGCUUACUAGUCUUAUUGCCAAUGCUGAAAGCAAACUUACAGUGUAUUUCAAGGGCAAAAUAUUGUUGGUAAUUCAUGACCCAUACCAGUCCCUUCUUCAUCCUAGAAAUGUCUAACUCAUCACUUAAUGGUUCAAAUGGGGCGUUCGUUUUCGUUCAUGAUAGACACAAAACUGUUUUCAUAUCAUGAAAAGGGAAAUCUGCUAUGAAAUUAAACAGCAGCAAAUGCAUGUAAUUCAGAAAAAUGGAGGAAAAUUUCUCCCCAAAAGACUGCCAUUUCGGAUGCUCUGAAUAGGUUUGCUUUCAUUAAUCAGUUAUUCAGUGAUUUCUAUGAUCUCUAAUCAUAGAAAUAUUUUAUGAAGCGGUCAUUGUUCUACCACUUUUGUUGCCUUAUUUUUUCAAGACUUAGUUUCGAGAUGUUUGAGCUGGAGAAUGAGUUGUGAAAAAAACGUAAAAUUGGGCCUUUGAAGGUCGACAGUAACCUUAAGCUCGCCCGAAAACAAACAGGAAUACGCUGAGGUAAAACACUGUACACUCGAAACAAUGGAGCGAAUACUUUUAAACGCCUAAACUUUCGAACAGGAAAGAUACGAGGAGACAGCCAUGCUAAGAAGAAAUAUCGUAUCACUUAUAAAUUAUCAAAGUCAUGGACUUGACUUGAGCUCCAAAUUCUUUCUUUCUUCCUUCGUGGCUGCUUGAAUCAUAGAUGCAGCCAAAUGUUAAGCCAAGGAAUCUUUUCAGUUUUGACUGGCAAAAGAACUUCUCUGCUUCUACUAUUUUCUAUGAGAAAUUUCACUAUUUUUCUACUUAAUUUUGGGAUCGUUAAUAAUACAAAGGCAUUGUCCACCUGGAAAAUCGAUUAAUAAAAAGUGUCCCUGAAUUAAGACUGAGACAAUGUUGGGGGCUUAAACCAGUUGCAUCAUGAUUAAACUGUCUACGAGGUCACAAUUUGUCAGACACACGCAAUGGGUUAUACAGUCAUUAUACAAAAGCUAUUAGGCCAUUUUUUCCUGAGAAAACUGCACGGGCAUGGUAACGAAACCGCACAUGUCCUUUGAACAGCUUUGUUUUCAGAAGGUUACAUGUUAGAGUCAAGACCUUCUGAGUCUAAAAAUAAAGCGAUUGGAACUAAUUAUCUUAUUGAACUACGGCUCUUGAACGUAUGUGGGGAAGCUAAGUUUCAAGCAGAAAAGUAUCAGUAAAGGUGGCAAUGUUGAACGGUACAUUUAACUAGUUUCUUACUUGAAGUCAAAUGAUCCAGCAAAAGUGUCCCAUUCUUUUCUUCUGCUCAUCUACAUCUGUGUCAUUUGUCUUCAUUUGCUGGAACGAAGGGAUUUUUUAAAUCGCUUUUUUGAGAUUGUUCCGGUGACGCCUCCUGGUGAGGAUACGGCAGCUGGCCGUAAUAAACGGAAAGAGAAGAAAUAUUCAGGAACCACUUAUCAACUUUUUUUUAUUGUCAUUCUUGUCAGAUCUUACGCAAUUCCAAACGUUAUAGAGAUGUUCCAAAUUUGAUAUUUUUUGAGGCUCUUUGUUCAUGACUUGUCUUUGUCCGUACGAUAUCACAGUUCAGUUUAAUUCAAAUGUUUCUUUCAUAAUCCUAUUUUGCGUAAAUGACGAAAUGACCCUAACAGAUACACAGCAAAAAAUAAGUCUGGCAAUGAUCUUUUUUAUUUGUUUGUAAUACUAUUUACUUGAUUGUUGUAGACUUCCCAUAAGAACUCAUCAUUGUUACUCGUCUCAGUCUUUGAACUGAAAAGAUUCAAAAGCUUCUCCGAUUAAGUGAUGGUUUCAGAGGUAAUUAUGAUUUCGGCGUCAAACAAAAUUAUCUUUGUAAAGCCGGUUAUGAAUGGGUUUUGACCUUGUGGUAUGAACAGUUAAUGUUUGGAUUAGUCUCUGGUGGCAUUGCAUGCAGGUAACACAGCGUGUAAAGAUAUCGGCCUUGAGAGAGGAUCUGUGCAAAUAUCUAGAACCCAUCCUCCAUUCCACACACAUAAGGCGAAACUACGUUGUGAUCGAUUGCACCCAGAAGAAGGCGUGGCACAUGAAAGUCUACUACGUUAGGCGCAUAAUUCAACAGUCCAGCUCAAAAACAGGUUCUUUCCCUUUCGUUCAAUUUACUCGGGAUAUUCACAGGCAUAGUAAUGAAGCUUCUGGGUUUUUUGUGACUGAGUUGUACAUCGAGUCAUACGGGUUUGUGCCGUCAAACUUUUGUAUUUCCAAAGUUGCUCUUAGCUUUGGUAGCUUCCUUAAAGGAAUUCUUCAUACUUGAACUUGAGCGUCAAAUCGAGAGAAGGUGCAUGUAAUUUGAGUGAUGAAUUGACCAAGGAGGUAAUUGUACGUUCUCGCAGACUAUCCGUUUAGGCAAAACCAUGAAUCUGACAGGAAAGUCAUCUCGCAUCCUUAUGAGUUAAGCCCAUGCCAUGUUUUUCAAAUAUAAUCUGCGGAGCGAUGUUUUUCUUGCCGCAGUCAAUCAAAUUUUUUUAUUGCCCUUUGGGGAUUUUUUACCUUUUCGACCAUUGACAUUCCAAAUUUGUACGUGGUAUUGUUUCUUGGCUUCUUGUGAAGGCCUUUGAAUGUAACUGCAUGACUUUGGUGGAGUCAUGGGGGUGGGUCAUGGUUCUCUUUCGUCGGCCACGCCCAUGUUCCGGCUUGGGAUACGUUAAAACAUAGAAGGAAACGAGAGGAAUAUCUCUUUUUCAUCUCUCUCCUUAAUUGAACUCUUGUGCACCACACCUGGCGGCGCUGGGGUAAAUUGAUAAGCUGAUUUUACGUUUGACCUUCUUAUCAAUAAAUCAUUUCUACCACACGUACUUUAUAUCUUCGGUGAAUCCGGCACUGUCUUGAAAACCGACAACGUGCUAUUAUGUAGAAUUUUUAAUGCAAUGCAGGAUCGACCAUUUUACUUGAUGUAGCUAUGGGUUACCAAAAGAGAGCACUAACAUAUCGACUGGCUGAGCAAAGCAUUGAAUAAAAAAUUGCAGGACACUGUCAACAGGAAUUAACAGCAAAGAGAAGGCACACCCUCUAAUUGACCCUGUUUUGCGUCAACCUAAUUGUGCACAUGCUUUCCGACAUGCAUAUAAUGAUGAAUCUAAUCCUAAUCAAGCGCCAUUUCAUUAUUUCUUUCUUGAUUUUUCUCUGGCUUUAGAUAUCCCACAGAAAGCAAACAUGCAGGAUUCGAUUUUAUUUUGAGACAUUCAAAGAGCCAUUCUAUGAACUUAAAAGUCAAUUUCUCCCAUAAGUAACAAACGGACAAGCCAAGUUUGAACGUUUCUAACGAGGUACACGACGGUGACUGGGUUCUCUUACAGCUGAGUAUAGGUAACAGCUGUUAUUCAACUAUUCACAUUCGAUCGCUCCAAGCUGCUAUGACUUGCAGUCCCAUUUCAAUUACAUGCUGUAAAUAGUUCAGUGAGUAUACAUUAUACUUGACAACAAUUUGUGAUGGUAAGAUAGCCAACAAUGUUUCAAUAAUCUACCACCCAGCCCGGAAAACCAAGCUCGGUUAGCACAAUCUACUAAUCUAGAAAUCGAUACGGUUUUUAUAGCACGCAUUUGUUGUUUAAAUUGUUCCAUGACACUAAUAGCCUUACAACUCCUGAUAUUUUCAAUAAGUCUCUCAUUUUUCGUCUCGUACAACCUUUUAAAACUUUAACUGAUGAUUCACAUUCAACUCAUUCAGGUUCCCUUGAAGCGAUCCAUUUCUUUAAGAAAUGAAAAAUAUGAUCAGUUAAGAUUCCUUUAAAAGAAAAUAUCCUCAAAACUUCUAAAAAAUGCAAUCAGUUGGGGUGAACUGCUUGUCCUCAAGGGUUGAAGCAUACUCUGAAUAAUGAACAUAACGUCUGUUUGAGAAAUUAUAACAAUCCAGUCUAGACAGAUCCUCUGGGCAGUUUAAUGAACUCUUAUUUAUGAUUGAAGUUUAUCAAUUUCCGUGAAUAUAAUUUUUAUAAACAAGAAAUGAAAUGAACAUUUCAUACCCACACAUAUGUGAAAGUCAUCGAAAUAAGAUUGAUUUACCAUACUGUACGAGACUAAAGCGAUAAGAUAGAGCGGGUGACAUGAACACCCCCGUUUUUUUCCCUUUAGAUCACGGAAAUUUAGGAUGCUUUGGAAUCACGACUUGGUCUGAAAUGAGGCCCUUUUGAUCCGUUUUACAUGGUGAUGCUUUAUUCCAGUUGUUUUAGUCUUUUUAACACAGUGACUGCAAUCACAAGCUCGUGAGAGGGGCAGAUCACAGUGGUUAAAUAAUUCUGUUUCUUUAAUUAUAGAUCAUUUCAAGUUCUAAAUUACAAUCUGGCUCAGCUUUUAUUUUUUACAAUUGUGGUCAUAGGCUUUCCUAUUUUGUUUUUUUCGUAUUUUUGUCGUAAGUGUAAACGAGAUAGAGGUUCUCUAUUUUCUUUUGAAAGGAUAUUAAAAAUAACAUGCAGGUUCCUGGACUUAUGAACCGAUAGACGCCGAUCAAACGUACCCGCCAAUAUCUUGGCAAUGGCCAGUCCUAUGAUUUUCAUAGAAAUGUCGCGUUAUCUUUGACUGGUAGGAACGUUUAUGAAUGAGCAAAAAUCCUUAAAUCUCUUUCUAAUUGUGACUGUUUCAAACCGAUCAUAUCCAAGUUUGAAUUGAGAUUUCCACGUGAUGAUGAUUUGCUAGGCUUUACGUGCUGUUCUAAACCGUCGAUAAAAUACAUUCCUUCAUUUGAGCCAAAUAAAUCUGAGUAAUUUAGGUGCUUUCAAAGUGGAUAGAGAUACAGAAAUACAUAUUGUUUUGAUGAAAUAUUUAACCCUUUUAGAUAUCUCCCAACGCUUUUCGUCUGCCUGUUUCGUCGUUUUGCUUUUACUUUAAGCCGGAAGUUUAAAGAGUGUUAAAACCGUUUAUAAUCUGCUUUACAAAGACAAUCAUUUAAAGACAAACUAAGGUGGUUUAUUGCAAAUAAAUUUAAUGCGUUUCUGUCGAAGAUUCAGCUUAAAAACAUGUUCUGCUCUGAACCUCAGCGGUGAUAACAGACAUGUGUUAGGUGAAUACAAGAUACCUGAAUAGAGAACCCUACUGUGCAACCAAGACUGUAUUGACUUGUGCCAGGGAAUGUUUCUAGUCAUUACAUGGAUGUACAUCACGCAGACUGAAUUGCACAAUUCCUAGUAUCCUGAAAACAAUGUGGUUUGACCUGAUGAGCAGAAAAUUAAAUUGACAUUUGUUGUCAAAAAACUUCGUCCCCUUUGAAUCACCGGGUUCUUUUUUUAUCUGUGAAAGUUAAACAAUGAGCUACGAUUUCAAAGGCAUGUUCCUUAGUUCUAACAGCAGACAUAAGAUGAAGAUGCAAAAAAGAUUAACACAGUUAGAUAAUUCCCAGUAUUGACGACCCACCGGGAAAUAUUGCUGGUAAAACAAGCGUAGGUGAGAAAACGAUGAAAAUAUUCUCCACAGGAAACGUAGGAGCUUAUUUCCCAUCUGACAAGAAAGCGUGCACUCACUUUGAUUAAGAUGUUAUCAACCUUGGGUAUUGCUAAACAAAGGGAAAUGCUUUAUAUUGUGAGACUUUCGCCCAAUUCCGUCUAAGUUAGACAGUCUGAUAAAAAGCAGAUAUAAAAGGUACGGCCUGCAGAGUAUCACUCGGUCAGGUUUCACGAAACUAAGCUUCAAGUUAAUCAGUUGUCGCUACUUGAAGACCAAGAAUACUUGUGUCAAGCAGGGAAGGUGGAAAUACAUAUAACGGGAGUUAGAAAGUAAUAUUUACAAGCAGGUAUGUUUUUAUUCUCUUCGCUUUACGAGUUCGCAUAUAUGACAUCUUUGGUGAAAUUUGACUUUGCAAUGCUCCAAAUGGGUCACAUCUAUAAAACGAUGUUUGGAACUUUCCGACGAGCUCUACUUUCACAUCUGUAAAAACUUGCGCAACAAAUAAAUAGGCGGGAUAAUCCGUUUUUUCCUGCUAGAAAAGUACUUCAUUUGAAGAGGCGUCAUCCAAGAAUCCCUUUCGAAACACGCAAGUAUAUUUUUAAUCCUAAAGAAGCUCGCGUGCCACUCACUGACAUUUCGUGACGGUCAAUCUUGACAAGACAGAAAACUUUUCUUUCUUUCUGAUUCAAUGAUCAUGUUUAGAAAAGAUCGGAGAAGGAAACUUUUUGCAAAGUUCUAAUAAAUUAUUUAACGCCUUAGAUUUCCGUUAUCUCCCCAAAGACACAUUUGAUUUUACAAUCAGUGAGCUCGUUGCAUUUCAUGGCAUCGAGGACACUUGGUUCAUUGCUUCAUUUGAUUUGGGAAAAACUAGAAAGAAACAUGUGAGUUGUCGCAAACGAAUGCUUGAUACCUUAGAUCAAGUGCCUUCGUUUAAGUUUCAAUCCGCAUAUUUUUUUUCCUCGAUUAUCUUCAUUCUUUUCUCAUCUUGAUAACAGUUAUAUUUAGAAUGUAUUUCCUUUGAUCGAAGCCCAUCCUAUUUGACCAAGAAAUUGAAAGAUAAUUGUUCAGUUAUUUAAGGAAAUGGGUGGUAUUUUGUUUUUUUAUUAUCUUAAUGAUAUGAAUCUGACUUUUAAAGAAAUGUCUUCCUGUGGUUAGGUAUAAUUUGGUAUUAAGUUAUCCUCGAAAUAUUUUCAUUUCAUCAGCAAACAACAGACUACUAAAUUUCAAUUUUUUCCUUUUACUCUUAUUUAUAAUGAUUUAUUAAGACGUGCACCAAACAGGAUUUAAUGAACAUACAUUCUACUGACUUUCAGAUUGAAUUGAGGCACUUGUACACUCAAAGAUCUUAGACGAAAAUAAUCAGAUACUAGUUUUGAAAAUUAUUUCAUGCUUCAGCACAACUUCAUAAUUUCAUGAUCACGACCAUUAAACUCUUGACCUUUACGAACUGUGAUGAGUGAACACUCUAAUGAAUGCGAUUACAUUUUGAUAAUUUCACGAAAGAGAGUGAACAAUGUUUACAUUUCAGACUUAAUUGCCAAGGUCACUUUUUCCUGCAUAACUUGACCACAUCUUUGUUUUGCCUCCAAACCUGAUCUCAUUUUCCAAUUGAAACUACUUGCCACCACACCAUCAAUGUGUGUCUUGCUGAUACUGGCUUAUGAGCUGAACGCCCAUCUUAAUCAAGACAAAUUUGACAGCCCAGAUAUCAAACUCAAGGUUGUGUUGUGCCAACACCUUACAAGACCUUUAAUCACGCAAAGCAUAAUGUUUUAAAUUCCAAAAUACCAAAACAAUUGGUGAGUUGUUCGAGCGUUUUCCCUUAAAAAUUCACGGUACAGAAUUAACAAAGAACUGACUACAACUGCCCUAUAGUGGGUAGAUAUCUCGGAUAUAUUGGAUAUUAGCACGAGCAUGAUCUGUAUCAUCCAUUCAUUGUCAUAUGUUUAUCGUCGAUUACCUAUAAAAAGGACAGGAUGACCGAGAGCAUUCCACAAGAAACAUCCACUUUGGUGAGUAAAGCUUGGUGGAUGCACAAAGGAACUCUCUGUGCAGAUGAAGUCACCUUUACCCUUUGUCCAUCGGUCUGAUUUAACGGAUGUAAAAAAAUCAAAACUUAGAUAAACAGACAUGUUACUCUAAUUUUUUCUUUACCACCUGAUGAAACUCGUUGACACAGAAAACCAGUUUAGUGAUUUUCGGGAGAAUUCUCACAAAAAUCCUCAUAUUUUUCCUUUGGUCUUCUUUGUGUUCCCUGCCUGUGAACCUUAAAGUUUCACUUCAUAGCGAAGAGAUCAGGCCAAAUAAAAAAAAGCUGAGCGAAAUCACAACUGGAAAAAGAGAAUGAAUUCACACUCUCUCAUCGGGUCUUGUGCUUUCUUAUCGAAACUGUUCUUGCUUCAGAUCUUUUUGAGAAAAAUUUAUGCAAAUGUUUUCUUCAGUACAAUUUGUUUGGUAUUCAGUAAUUGCACUCGAGAUUAUGUUUGGGUACAAAUGAGAAUCCAGCUGUUGUUUGGUGGCAUUCAUGACCUUAUAAUUACCACAACCACUGAAACCUAAGAAAAAUAAUCUUUUCUGGACCAGCAAUCACAUCAGCUAAUAUCGAUAUCGCCCUAAGUUAAUUGAAUUGUGUUUGUGGCAGUUUACAGACAGUGUGGGUCUCACUUGAGUGAAUGGAUUGAAUGUUGUAUUCGCAGUAUUUAACCAGAAUGGCAAACUUGAACUUUGAGUUACAAGGCGGACUCCGUUAUGUUGAUUUUUGUACCGGAGAUUUCUCCAUUUCCCCUUUUCCUGGGAUGGGCACGUUAAUAUUCUUCUGGUUUGCAUUAGUUUCAAACGUCAACUCACACGUAGCUUUUUGUAAGUUGUUGAUUAUGAUGCUACGCAACAAAAAUGAACGAUUCAGUUCUAUAUAGACCGACAAUUUGUCAAAAAUUUAUUAUUGAAAAAUUCUAAAUGAAAGAGAUGUAAUCGCCUCUUCACAAUCUUACUAUGGUUUGGCUUGAUAUAGAACUCACAAGUUACUUAAUGGUCAAGCUUGGAAUUCAUCCAAAUGAACUUCAAAUCACUCGUGCUGCUCUCUUAAAACCUGAAUGUUUUGCGCAAACCUUUUUUUAGGUUAUUCCUCUCAAACAUGAUCAUUUUUUUUUCAAAAUGUUUUCGCUCAUGAAUAAUGAAUAAAGGGGGUAAGUUUCUAAAGAAAGGGUAGUGCUGCGUCGGUAAGAGAGUAUAGCAGGUAAUUUAGUGUUAACAACUGAGCUGAAAACGUAAAUUAGCCACCGUAAAGGGUAGAAAAGCUGACGUUUCGAGCGUUUCGUCAGAAUAGCUUGGUUUUACAAUGAACAUUCCUAUUUCUGGCAAAUCUCCUUCGCUUUAAGAUAUGUCCUACUUUGCACCUUUCUCAUUUUCAGUGGAAAACAUUUGAAAUCGUUGCUUUGCUGUGAGUGAGUUAUCCAGUUUUAAAACUGCUCGGAAGGACCGGUGAUUCAGUCCAGUUCAUGCAAUUGAUACACCUUUGAAAUUUCCAAAUGCGCAACCAACGUGGAGUAAGAUCAUAUUGUACUUUGAAUAACCUGUGUUCUUUGUGUAUAUCAGGAAGUGUAAUCAAUCUAGUGUAGUUUUCAGGGAAAUAUGACCGAUUUCAUCGUGUCAUUUACGAUUCCAUAAGAAUGUCUGCUGUCUUCUAUAUGUGUGGUCUGUGUUUUGCUCUCAUGUCGUGCCAGGCCUUUAGCCAAAAACUUGGCUUCGCCGAGGACGAAGUUAAGUACAGCUAUAUAGUGGGGGUCGUCUAUUUCUAUUUCUCUUUAACGAAGAGAAAAACGAACCAAAUAGACAGUGAUAAAGUAAUUGUCUGGCACGAGCUUACCAAUUUUGAGGGAAAAUGGGGGGAGAAGCUUCGAACUUUUGAAUAAUGAAUGUCGACAAAGGGGAGUUACAAUUUAUUACAAAAGAAUGUGGGUAAUUUAUAGUCUUAUGUUUGGGUAUGAAAAUUCUGAGUAACGCCCCUAAGUGGGUAGAUGUCUUGAGUGAUGUCAUAUGUUCCAGGACAGAAUUGUGAGUUAGCUUGCGAGUCGAAACCUGAAAUGAUGCAAUAAUGUAAUGUUUAGCGAUUGAGCUUGUUAAAAGCAUACCGCCCCGGUUCUUCGAAUUUCGAAAAUAUUUCGGUCAUAUAUAGGGUCAGGAUUAGGAGAGAGGGGGCACACAGACACCAAAGGGAGAUUCUCUUUGGUAUGUUUUGUUUCUAGUUUGGUGAACAAACGUUGGACAAAUCUCAUGGACUACUUUCACAUCCUGAUGAAAUGUGAACUUUUAUAAUUACCUUAUUGGGAUAAACUUUUAACAGCGUUUAGGAAAAAAUUGACUGAAAUUGUUGCGGAAAAUUUUGGUCAGUUUACAAGUUAGUAUUUUGAAACACAAAAAUGCAUGCUGGAAUCAAGUCUUCAACACGCCUUUAUUUCCGGGCUGUAAGUGACUUGUUUACCAAAGUCAUUCUUUCCCCACCUACAACGUUUAAUAAAUUUUGACCUCGUGUAAUUAUUAAUGAUUUUGCUGACCAUAUAAAGGAGUUAUUACGACAAAAUACUUAAGAAAGAAUUAGCUUUCAAUUACCUGGUUAGGGAUUAAACAAAAAAGUGGCCUUGCCUAACACGCGUAAGUACGUGCUUGAAGUGCGUUAUCAAGCGGUAACUACAUUCUAAAAAGACCACCAAGUGAUAGUCAUUAAUGACUCUUCAAAUAGUCGAUAAGAUGAUGUACUUCUGAUACAAAAGUGCUUAAAGACUCCUGUGGGAAACAUAUCAUAACAUAUUACCAAAAAAUUGCUUUAAUCUAAAACUUUACAAACACAUGUUACAAUACACAUGAUGGUUUUCCAAAUAUGUGAAACCUAUCCCCCAACGGGAUAUUUCAACAGGUAAUCCCGAGAGUUACUUUGUCAAAUUCCUCGCAAUUAUGAAAUGACGGACGUCAAAAUCAUGAACAGUUUAGUUCAACAAAAAGUUGCCACAAUCAUCAGUUUUAUUAUAAAUUGUCGUACAGUUGGCUCCGUUGCUGCACUGAAACUGGCAUUUCAAUCAUACGCCGUGCGUAGCUCUUCAUUCAUGAUUACAAAGACAUUUUUUUCUCGAUGAAGACUUGUUAUGAAAAACAGAUGUUCCAGACCUCACAAGUAAUUGAAUACUUGGCAAAGAUCAUUGCUAUGGAAUGACCCACUAGUUAUGAUGAGCUUUCAGUUGUUUUCUUGUUAUCCUAGGAUCUAUCAGAUAACCCUUAAAUUAACAAAUACUUAAGAUAAGCUGUGUUACAUAAACAAAAUUUUUUUUAGUUUUUUUUUUUUUUUUUUCGUUUUUAAAUUUCCAUUAUUUGAAAUCAAUUAUCCGCUGGGGAACAUGUUUCCGGCCUAAAAAUCCUAAAGAUUCUGAAAAAAAACCCCGGCUUUCAUCAAGUUGGUGGGCACAAUCAAAGUCUGUUGGUUGUUUUUCCUGAAUGUCAUGAAGACUCUGUACUUUCCUUCAGGGGUCGAGAAUUGGACUUGGAAAGUACGUGUUUUUCAGAUAUCAUCACGCAUGUUAAAAGUAAACUACAUCUCACCAAAUUUGUUGAACUUCUAUUUCUCGUUUUGACUUUGUGCAAAUCACAAUUCUCUAUGAUAAGAAUCUGGUCUAAUAAUAUUAACAAAUUUUCUACCUUUAAGAAAUAAGAUUAAGAAAAAGUAAUCGAAACCAAAGCCGUUUCCUCCAACUUUCAUUUUCCCUCUUGCUUGGCAAGAAUACAGGCAUCUUCCCCUUUACGUGAUUCCCAUGAAAAAGCCGGUGAUAUGUACGCCGGUCCGACAAUGGAAAUGUCUACACGCUUACCGGUUUUUUGCGGUCCUUAUCAUAGUCGUGUGCAAAAUGGUCAAUUAUAAACGGUGUGUUGGUUUAGAGGUAAAUCAUGUACCUUUCGCGGUCUUUUUGAGAGAAUCAUCCGCAUGAAAUGAGUGACAGCGGCAACAAUGCUGAAGAAAAUUUUGGUAAAAAGCGAUUAAGGAGUAAGGGGUUAACAUGUAAUUUUAAAAGUACUUCCUUCCGGUAUAAAAAGCUUAUUUUGCAGAGUUUUAUAGUUUUGUCUAAUGUGUUAAUCUCGGUUUUUGCGGUGAGCCAUUUCUGAAGAGGCCGAAAUAACGAUUAGAAACAGGGCGGUAAUAAAAAGUGAUUUGGAAAAAUUCAAAGAUACACAAGCUGGGGUUUGUUUGGCCCUCCAUGAGAUAUAAAGUUUGGGAUCUUUGUUGAGAAUGUUUUUAUAGCCUAUCUUGUCAUUUGUAACGGUGGGAUUACGAGUACUCUUGCUCAAGUGUUUAUUGCCUUCUGCUCCCCAUAAAUCAUUAUGAUAAAUUAUGUGCACAACCUGCUAUGUAGAGCAAGUGUUAUAAGGAAAUACACGUUUAAUUGCAGGACUGUCUGACUAUUUAUAUCACAUUUAUCACUACACGUACACUUUAGAUGGCCAAAUACUGAUGAAAUAAGCACGUGUAUUUGGUUUCUCUGAGAAAGAGAAAUCUGAUUGUCCCAAACAUAUUCCGGUCCGAUCUGAUUGAAAAGUCAUUUUGAACUUCUUUCUGUAUUUUCCUUUUUAUUUUGUUUCUUCCUAUGCUUCCUCUCUUAUCAAAGAAACUUUCAACAUUCGCGAAGGAAUUUGGAACAGUGUCGCCUUCCCCUUUAAUCAAGGUAACUCAUCCGUCGGCUCCCUUUUAUGGGUGUCGAGUUGUUGGCAUCUAACAGGAAAUACAUUGUCGUUUAAUCUGUGGCGUUAUGCACAGAUUGCUGUAAUAUUCUGAACGUUUCAUGUAUCUCUCAAAUUUUAAAAUGAACUGGUCCGAUCAUUUUGGCACCACUUGUGUGUGGAGAGUUGCGGCUAAAGAGCUCCAAUCACUCUUGAUAGCAAAGGCGCUUAGCUGAUUCAACUUGCCAGCUUCCAAGAUUAGCACGUGCAUCGGCUAGAAAAUCCUCACGGUACUUGAUCAAGGUAAGCCGUUUAUUGUUUGAAAAUCGUUACUUACAAAAUCCAAAUCAAAUUUCGUGAAAUCUUCCAAAGCCUGACUUAAGGUAUGCCUCCCUUACUUCUUAGUGAUAAAAAAGCAAAAAUUCAAGCACAAACAAAAUUUUGAAAACAGGAAACCCCUUUCAGCUUUGUUAAAACAGCUAAGGAAAGAGGGCAACGCACACUUCUCUUUGUAAAGACGACUAAAUUGUAAAAUGUUCUUCUCAAAACAUUUUCCCACAAAAGAAUUUACGGUCAAAGUUUUGUAAUUUCAAAUAUCAGCUUUUGUUCAUAAAGUGUCAUCAAAGUCAGUAAAGGAUCUUGUGACACUUUUUUUUAAAGAAAGAAUCCUUGACACUGUCUCACCCUCUGAUAAGUUUCACCAGAUAGUCUGAGGUAUGGCGGAGGAUUGUCUAUAUUUGUGUGAUUCUUAAGUCAUCACCCCUUAUUACAACCUCGCCUUACGCAGUGGUACCUUUUAACAACUUAAAAUGGACUAUCCUGUUAUCUGUUGUAAAAAAUAAAAGGCGGUUUGACAAGAUUGUGCGGCGCACAAGCAUGAUAAAGACCAGUGGGCUCUCACACUGCGCUAUCUUAUUGCACAAGGCACGUCAAAAUAACCUGAGAUGCACCUUAGGGCUUCAUAAAAAGGAAAACGACACUUGCUGUAACUCAGAGACUGAAUAGAACAACCACCUUUAUCCGUUUGCUCAAUGGCCUUCACAUUAUCAUAAUGGUCAAUAUUCGCUUUUAGGUUGUUGAAAAACAGUUUUAACUCCAUUCUAACUCUGCUGUCGUUACUUCCUUGCCAAGAUUUUUUAUGUAUGAAAAAAAAACUGUAAGUUCUGUUUCAGUUCUGUUAGUUUUGAGGAAAUAAAUUGCUUUCUUUUGACUUAAUAUCGCAAUCUUUUUUAACAAAAGUCAUCAUAGGAACUUUGGCUACGCAUUUGAGGCAUGCGUGAUCUUGUGUGUAGUAUGCUGACCAGGAUUAACUUCGGUUCAUCUUUUCUAUUCAUCAGUGUUUUCUCAGGCUUAUUUUGUGUGGCUUGUCGUAAAUUUGGAGCAAAAAAAAUUUAUGCCCUACUAAGAAUGUAAACUUUGAAAAGUUCGUACAUUGGUAAAUAGAAACAGAUGUUGUGGUUUAAAUUUUGAACAAAGAGGAAAAUCACUUUUACGAGAGGAAAACCUCCUGAGGCAAAUCGCACGCAACUACUCAAUCAAUGACGCCACUAUAAACCACAAUUAACGUCACUUUCUGUCGAAGCUCUGAGACAUUGUCUGCCACAGCACGGUGAAAUGACCUGAAAAUUUUCAACAAGGAAGUGCACGUCAAUCAUUUUUACUGUCCCAAAAACAUUUUUUGAUUUCCUACUUACGAUAGGAUUUUAACAGUUCACACAAGUCAAGCUUUAAAUUUAUCUGUAUCAAAAAUGAGAAGGCCAUAUUUAGCAGUUGUUAACUAGCGAUAUUUCACACAUUCUGGGUUAAGCUCUGGGUUACACGACUUGAUAUUUCCUGCCAACGUUUCUAUAUUUGAAAACUGCAGCCAUUAGUGCGUUUUGGCUAAUAGCGAUAACAAAUUAUUGAUGGGGCUCUUUAUCAAUAUUGUUUUCUCUGUGUGUUUUUUUCCAAAACAGAGUGUUAAUUUUGUCAUUUAUCAGUACUUUACAUUUUUCCAGAGCGCGCCCGCGCAUUUUCCGCCCAUCCGCCCAGUGGGUGUGCACGCACAGGAUGUUACAUGGUCGCGCGCCGGGCCAUAAUGAAUCCUUUUAGUUACGCAGCAUUGACUCUCUCGCUGUUAUCGCUGUGACAAUAUGAAAGGUAGUGUUAGCCGAAGAGAAGAGAAGCCAUCUUGAACUGGGCCAGCGAGAUAAGCUAUCCCUAAGUUAUAGGGAUUCAAACAAAAAGUUAUUCACCCUCGGUGGAAGGUGCGAAAAUGCGAGUAUUGGCUGCUUGUCUGCUUGUUCUGUGAUGUCGCGUGUCGCCAUGAAAACAUCAAUAGCUACAGCAAUUAUGUAAGUUCAUAACUAGCCAUGAUGAAGGAACAUAUUGCGAAAAAAAACCUGGUAUUUCAAUACCACUGUCAUGGACAAUUUGGAUGAUCUUAAAACUUUAGCAGAGAAAAAUUUUUUCAUAACUUACAGCCUCUCGGUAAGCAUCGACGUAUUCUUUACCCUGACUAAACAAGGGCGCGUGCAUUGCAUGGUAUGUCAUUCCUCAACUGUAAUCAGUGCUAGGCGUCGGAAAGGGGUCGAUUCCUGCAUCUUAAACACUCGGAUACCAGACGAAAAAUAAAAUUUUUGACGAUUUUAAAAGCUUUAAAGGUUAGCGUUAAAAUCAUCGUGACUAUUGGUAAGAUAUUGAAUUUUUCUACAACUUUACUACGAGACUCAAUUGCAUUUACUUUAUUCGACUUUCUCGUUUCAAGGUUAAUCCCGAAUUCAUUUAUUGUUCUUGAUUCUCGUGGUGAGUGCCGAGCUACUGUAAUCCCAUCUAGAUACUGUUGGUUGUAUCUUAUUGAUUUGAGCUUACGCGAAUAAAGAAGCCUCUCAAUAUAAAAGGCUGACCAACUCAGUGAUUUUGACCUUUCCUUCACCAUCUUGAUUCCUUCGCAAGCGACUGCGACGGCAAAGCUCCAAGGGAAUGCCGACUGAAUCAGAUUAUUCCCAUAAAAGAAAGUUGACCUGCGCAGCCGUCGCGUCAAAUUUGACAUUCGCGCCCUUUGUGUCGAUUGAGAUAACAGCGAAUUUGUUUGUCGCGUUUUUACACUAGCGGAAAGCUAACGCCUUUUGUUCUUCAGCCCACAAUGGUUCAGUUUUAGUCGUUUCCCCAUACAAACAACAUAUGUGAUCGAUAUACUUUGAGAUGUUUUCAUCCUUUGAUCAGCUUGACAAAAAAUUAUAUAUGACGGUGUUCAAUAACGGCGUUUCGUUGUUUUUGUUGGCGGGCUAACAUGUAAUAAUAAACUAAUAUCCAUUGUUCGCAUUCAUUCGAAUAAUUUUUUAAUUAAGAAAGUUCUCUGGGAAGGCUUAUGAAAAAUAUUUGGCAUAGUUGGAUUUUUUUUGAAAAUCGUCCCGCAAGAUGUUCAACAUAUUUGCUGUUGUAUAGGGAAAAAAAACCUGCUAUGGAGUCAUAACAAAACUAACCACAAGACUUAAGUUCUAAAGAAAAUUAUACGCGACGGCGGAUUUGCCGAAAUUAAAACGCUUAUUAAAACAAGCUAGCAGAAAUAAGGAAGUUUUAAAAGACCGCUAAACACCUUGAAUUGCUCUCAACUUUCUCAGCUUUUCCGGUGAUUUUUAAUUGUUUAUUUACAUAAUGCCCACGGUGAGUUCAUAUUAAUUACGACACUUGGGGAGACUUGUUGUUUACCAACACGAACAUAAUACAAUCUACUGCUUGACGAAAUAUAAAGAUCAAAGAGUCUCAGAGCAAGUCGACGAGCGAUCGUACGCACACUGUUCAUAUCUCCUGGUGUUUAUUUCCCUCAUUGUUUCAAGUUAAAAAGUGAUCUAAGUUCUCAUCAUCGCUUAUUAUAAAGAUGAUUUGUAGCAACUGGUUUGUCUGGGUGUGAGGUCCCAUGGGACGUGAAGGCGUUAUUAUAAACUGGUGUAUUAUAGUCGAGAAAUUGAGCCGAAAACAGGUCAAUAAAAAUCCGUGUGAGCCAAAGCAUAAAAACAAAGUACAGAAGGGGUGAGCAAAGUUACAAGCAGCAGUAAAGUAAAGAGGUUAAGAAUUUCUGGGAUAAGGUGAGAGAACAUUGCUUCAUUUUUAACCGACUGAGUCCGCCUCAGGAUACAUCAUACGUUGUGUUAGUUUCAUAAUGUCGAAAUGGGGGCAAAAAAAGAAAUGUAAUAUGUCCAAAGUUGCACUGAAAUUGUCUUAUUAAAAGAGGAUUUGAAGAUUACUCAGAUCGUUUCUCAGCUACCAUCCUUGUAAACCCAAGCACUGCAACCACAAGUAACACGGUUUUUCUAAGUUGUCCAGUCAGAAGAAUCCUUUUCAGCAAAUCGGGCAAAACAAACUUGUAAAAGAAGUAUCUAAGAGUUGAAAGUUCACGAAAGAUUCGGAAGUGAAUACUUUCCUAAACUGUGUAAAGUUCCAAGAGAGUAUGAAGGCUAAUUUUAAAAAAAAUAUUGUAGAUAAUCCUGUAGGCAGCCAUAGCUGAUAUGCACCUGUUAUUUCGUCCUGAGGAAUGAUGACAGCAAGCAGCUAGAAACUUUAAGAAAAAAUUCGGCCGGUCGUGAUGCGUAGAAACACGCAAGAUAAGCCGACAAAGUGCGCAAUUAGUUAUUAUCGGCUUAAUCUCUAUUGAAAACAGUCUGGCCACUUCAUAAAACAGUUUAGAUCAAUAACUUUUCUGCACGAGUAAAUAAAACUGAUAAAUAGUGCAAAUACGAUUUAGAACAUACCGUGUACGCGGAAUAGGGUUUGACAUUCCCUUUUUGAGUUUCCAGCCUUACCUUCAGUCAAACAAGUUAGAAGUUUUCGUGGCACCACGAGAUAAUUAUCAUAUAUUUUUGUCAUGACUUAACAACUUUUAUUGUCCUAUAGGACAAGGACAAUAGUUGUUAAAAUGAUAUGGCUGUGUAGUGACAAACCCGUAAUUAACUACUAGUCUUGAACAGAACGUGAACUCGUUCGCUUAAUUCAGAAGCUCUUUUAAAACCUGAUAUCAAUUUUGACUUUGUAGAUAAAAUGCUACCUCUGCGGUUUAUGAGAAUCUUUUUCCAUAAAAUUGUCUGGUGCAUUCCUGUAGGUCUAAUAGCUUAUUUUAAUUAAGUUUUGUUGUUCCCAUUACAUAAUAUUCAUAGAGUAAAGUACCGUCAGAAGCUGACUUUGUCUUCUUCAUCAAGUGUAGCCGCGGUAACCGCUUUGAGCGAGACCCGCGUAGUGAGAUUUCAUUAGGAGGCCAGAUUUCUCUUUUGUUUCACAAAUUCUUAUGAUAAACCUUUAUUAUUUUACUUUGCCAGAUAAAGACACCGCUCUUGCUGCAGGUAACAUGGUACUUUUCAAGACACUUACUCUCUUCCAGUUUUUGGUGGCAGUGGAAUUUUCACUUCUCUCUCUUGUCACAUCAAGUCAAUGGCUGUAAGUAUCAAACCAAGAAAUCGCGGUACCUCAAUGAAAAUCUCUUCGACAUCAGAGUUUGAUAGAGGAUGGUGUGUUUUGUUCCGCACUGUCUGGUUUCUGUCGUCAUUGAGUUCAAAGUAUUACUUUAAACCAUCUAAAUUAAUAAAUUUGUGCUUACCAGUUCCUGACGACAGUGAAAUGAGUAUUUAAUUUAACUAGCUCUUUGCAGCUGUUAAAAUUGAGAAGUGCAGCAACAAAAAUAAUUCCCGAUCUGUCAUCGUGAACACUGAAAUGGAAUGGAAAAACUUUAACCGGGGUCUACUGAACGCCAGCAUCAAAAUCCAAAAAUCGCCCGGUUAGACGACGGCAAUCAUCGCGAAUGGAAUUCUUCUUUCAAAUUAUUUUUCCGUUUUUUAUUUCGUUUAAGCUGAUCCAAUAUUCAACUCAGUACCAAACUUAUAGAAGACAAUUUCCACGGAAAAAGGAAUGACAUUGGUCGAGCAGUGUAGAACUUAACAGACGUAUAGACUUGAUCAAUCAACUGAAAACUUGGAAAUAAUUCCAAUCAUGGACAAAUCAAUCGCGUCAAUGAAAGUUGAUUCCAUAGGAACCUCUGAACAACGAAUUGUCAAUCUCAAAAUUGAAUCAGUGGCAGACGCGCCAAAUUUGUUUUUCAAACUGUCUUUGGUUACAACUGUAGAUUAAAUAGUGUUCAUAAGUGAUAGCAUCGACUCUGUUAACAUUUACAGAUCACUGGCGCUCAGCAGCUCUGUUACUAAGUUUAACACGCGCCGAAGCUGUGACGAAGUCGGUACCCACUUUAACAACAGACAGGUACAAGUCUGCAAAAGGAAUGUUGACGUCAUGAACAGUGUCAAAUUUGGUGCCACAAUUGCUGUCCAGGAAUGUCAACAUCAGUUUCGCUAUCGAAGGUGGAACUGUACCACUCUGCAAUUUGAAAAAUCCCCUGUCUUUGGAAAUUCUGUAAACGGAGGUAGGCAACAUUUCCGCAAAUUUUUAUUCCAUAUCUGCGCGUCACUAUUCUAACUACUGUAAUGGCCUACAUCAAGAAACUGUCACUGCAGACCGAUACCAGAAAGAACACUAAGCACUCCUCAAGUCAAGUAAGAAACUGGACCGUCUAAUUUGAAUUUCCUCGUAAUGAAGGUGCCUGCAGCAUUUAGUAACAUGUGAUUACGAAAGACAAGGGGAAACAAUUUUUAAUGAGCUUUAUUCCCACUUAUUCUGUUUAGGAACCAGGGAAGCUGCUUUUGUUCAUUCCAUUUCGUCAGCGGGGGUAGCUUAUGCUGUGACGCAUUCCUGCAGCGCGGGAAAACUUGGACGAAGGUGUGGCUGUGACCAGAAGAACAAUGGAAAAAUGUCUAAAGAGGGUUGGAAAUGGGCAGGGUGUAGUGAUGAUAUCAACUUUGGAAUUGAGUUUUCCAAAACCUUUGUGGACGCAAGAGAACGUGGUCGCAAAGGAGAGGAUCCAUCUCGUAUUUCUAUGAACUUACACAACAACAACGCAGGGAGAAUGGUGAGUUGAUACUCAUUUCAGCGCUUGGUGGACUCAAAACUUUGAAGUUCAGUAGAGAUGUUAGAUCAUUAAAAUCAUAAGGAUAUUCAUACGGUCAUCUCAUGGAUUUCAAUUGGCGGAUUUAAAUCCAAUUUGUUUGUUUCUGCUCCUAACUGUUCGUCAAGAUGCCGGCAGCAUGAGACGAAAUUGCAAGUUUGGCCCUGAUCCACUGAAUUUGUAUUUUAUUAAAAGGUCUAAAUGAAAGCUAAAUAUUUAUAUCGAUGAUUAGUAUUGGCAAAAGAGAAACAAUCGAUAGACCUGAUAAACUCGUGCGCUACAAAUAUGUUUAGUCGAUAGUUGAAUGAUUGACAGAAAUUCACUCAUGUAGCACCGCUUCUUAUGCAUUUUUUUGGAAACUUAGACAAAAAAAAAAAAGUGACAUCAACACGAAACAGUUUCUUCACCUAUUAUGGCCUCCUGCGCUAUAGCUAGCGUUACAGUAACAUUUGCUUAAUCCUCCCCAGCGUCUACUGGUGUGGGGAACUUGUUAAAUACCGAGACUUAAGGUGAAGAUGAUUAUGUCGUAGCAAGGACCCUUUGUAGAAAAACAUGAAGCAAGCCUAAGUAGCAAGGACCCUUUAUCGAAAAACAUGAAGCACACCCAAGUAACAUUUCACCCUCUUAAUUAAUUUCGUGCAAAGUAUUUCAAACACAAAUUAGGGGACCUGCGCUUCUGCCUUUAUUGUCGAAAGAUCCAGGACUCGAAAGACCGUUUUGUCUAAUAUUUUUUUCUUGAAAGUCGAGUUUUCUUAGGAACAUUCUCUACCCAUCAGAUCUACGAAAAAGGGUAUCUAAGGAGUAAGAGAAAGCAGAUGGAGUGAACACAAUUUUGGUAUUUUGAUUACGUGAGAGUAGUAAAUCUAACCGACGAUUUGCUAAUUUAUAUUUCAAUCAACAGGCCAUCCUAAAGUACAUGAAAAUUCAAUGUAAAUGCCACGGUGUGUCAGGAUCAUGUAAAGUGAAAACCUGCUGGAGGUCACUUCCCAAUUUUAGACUGGUUGGAGAUCAUAUCAAAGAAAAAUUCGACGGAGCCACGGAAGUAGAACUAAAGCAAAUUGGAUCAAGGAGAGUUCUUCUUCCACGAAAUCGAAAUUUUAAACCUCACACUGCGGUCGACCUUGUUUAUAUCGACCGUUCACCUGAUUUCUGCACGCCAAAUCUUAGCACUGGCUCCCUUGGAACCCAAGGAAGGAUGUGUAACCGCACAUCUCAAGCUAUAGAUGGAUGUGAGUUGAUGUGCUGCAGUCGGGGGUACACCACACACCAAGAAGCCAGGGUGGAGCGUUGUGAAUGCAAGUUCUAUUGGUGCUGUUAUGUCAAGUGUCGCGAAUGUCAGAGGCGAGUCGAGGUUAGCAUCUGCAAGUAAGCCAGUCCAAUUCAGUCUCUCGACAAUGGUGAGCUUUCAUAUGGCACAAACGUUUUUGAGACGCGGACGGAAGCCAGUGGUGGAAAGUUCCUAUCCCUUCGUUUGCGACAAAUUUCUUCAUCACGAUCUUUUCAAGUGGUUAGUUCUGACAAUAGAGCAUCAAGCCGAUUUAAUUGAUGCUCUUUCUUAAUCGGCUAUUAACUUCUUCCACUGAUAGCCGUCCGCAUUUCAAGAACGUCUCUGCUCAGGCUUCUCAUGUCCAAUUUUUUUCGGAAGGGAAGCGGUUUUAUGUACUGAAGUGAAUGCAAAGGUCAUUCACCUUUAAGUUUGGUCUUUAGCACUUCACUUUUCCUCACACCAGUACAAAUUAUCAUUAGUUAGUUUAAGAGAACAGGAUCAGCGCAAAUUUACGUGUAGACUAAAAUUGUAACAAAUCACGGUAUAAUAAUUAGGCUCCUAAAACUAAUGACGAAACAUUCUCAGGAAUACAUCGAAAAUAAACUCGUCAUUUGAUUCAGAUUCUUGUGUAAGUGACACGCUGAAUGCCUGUAGAUUCACAAUCAGGGGCCACUAAUCUGAACUCUUCUUAUAAUCGGGGUAUGAUAGAGAGGUAGAGGAAGGAAGGAAGGCCGGUUUAUGCGCUCAUGGUGUGACUAUAAGAAGAAGAAAAUUCAAAGCAGACACAUUUAAAUAACUUUAAGAAUAAGAAAUAGUGUCGAAAAAUGAGGAUGGCCGACUGAAACAAUUUUUAAAGAAAAAAAAGGACAUUUCUUGAUUUUGUGUGUUGCGUGAGAGCGGUUCUUUAAUUGAGGUAUCAGUAGUUAUCAAAUACCGAGCAAAUCAAGACAUUUAAAAGCGCAUAUACAUUUUCCAUAUUUAUUCGAACAAUGAAAUAAUUUCGAAAAAAAUGGAUUGAUGUAGUUCACUUGUAGCUACAUGUAAGGUCUUGCAAUCUCUGGUUUCCAUGUGGUUUAUGAAAGUGUAAACGACAAUGGUGACGAGGAAACUGUGUCGCUAGCCUCUGUUUUAGUAUGUGACAACGUUGUAUGUUAACUUAUAUAAAAAUAUUUCAAAUUAUCUACACCGCAAUUUUAGAUGUUCUUCGUGCGUAUAGUCAAAGAAAAUUGGCUGUUUGCACAACAGUAACUCAAGACUACAAG